CUCACCAUCCUGCACCAUGGGCCGCGUUCUCUUGAAGGUUAUCAUCCUCGGCGAUAGUGGCGUCGGCAAGACCUCACUUAUGAACCAAUAUGUGAACAAGCGCUUUAGCAACCAGUACAAAGCGACCAUCGGUGCAGACUUCUUGACGAAGGAGGUUAUGGUGGAUGACCGACUGGUGACGAUGCAGCUAUGGGACACGGCCGGCCAGGAACGCUUCCAGUCUCUUGGCGUCGCGUUCUACCGAGGUGCCGACUGCUGCGUGCUCGUCUACGACGUCAACAGCUCAAAGUCCUUCGAGACCCUCGACAGCUGGCGCGAUGAGUUUCUCAUCCAGGCUAGCCCACAUGAUCCGGAGAACUUUCCCUUUGUUGUGCUCGGCAACAAGAUUGAUAUGGAGGAGAACAAGCGCCAGGUCACGCAGAAACGUGCGAUGACCUGGUGCCAGUCCAAAGGCAACAUCCCCUACUUUGAGACUUCGGCUAAGGAAGCGAUCAACGUCGAACAGGCCUUCCAGACCGUUGCGAAGAACGCUCUCCAACAGGAAGCUGAGGAACAACUAUACGUCGACUACCCGGAUCCCAUCAGAAUCGACUCUGAGAGCACGCGGAGCUUCGGAUGUUGCUCUUAACCAAGUCAAUGCGCAUCGCCUUCGCCUUGACAUGCUCGCACCCGUCACGACUUCCAGUUACCCUUAUUUCUUUCCUCGAACACUUCGCUCUGCUGUCCAUGUUGUCCCUCUUGGGCUUGUUCACUAAUACAUACUCGAUGAUGAUCUCAUGCCCGCUUGUACAUUCAUACGCGUUGCUGUUACUGUCUGCGAUACAUACGCGAAGGAACAGCAUAUUACUUU